GCGCUGUAAAUUCCCAGCUUGGCUGCAGAGACUCCCACAUUGCACAAUCUCCUGAAAAAAAGGAAAUGACUCAUGCCGAGGAUCAGCAUAUAAGCGAGGAGCCUUCUGACUGCUACAUUCAAACAGCAAACGGAGAAAGCAGCUCAACCUGGAAGUGAAGAGGAAAAGUGGAACUGUGAAAGAGAAGCCUAGCGCAGAAUAAAUAACGUCUUUCAGUAUUAGUUCUCUGAAGAAUAUUUUCAUCUUUUAGCGUUAGUCAAAGCAGAAUUUACAAGGCAAAAUGAAGAGCAGCACAGUUAUCGCCUUCUCUGUUGUGAUUGUCUUGGCCCUCCUUGCCGGCAUUGAAGGAAUGAGUCUGAGGAGUCUGAGGAGUCGGAGGAGCUUGGGAGUGGAGCUGCACUGUCGUUGCAUUCAGACGGAGAGCAGACCCAUCGGCCGGCACAUCGCAAAAGUCGAGCUGGUUCCUGCCAACUCCCACUGCGAGGAGACCGAGAUCAUUGCCACGCUGAAAAAGACAGGUCAAGAGGUUUGCCUGGACCCUAAAGCUCCCUGGGUGAAAAAAGUGAUUGAUAAGAUGAUGUCCAGCAAAAACCUUUGAAAAGACAGGAAAGAAGUUCUUCAUUCUAGAACAAAAAGAAAUAAAUCGAUGAAAUGACAAGGUCAUUUUACUUACAUUUCACUGUUGGAAAUGACAAUGAUUCUCUUGCACUAUGAUUGUUUGUAUCAAACAUGCUUUUUUAUUUGUGUUGCUCUUGUAAUAUUUGGAAAAUUGCACUUGAAUUCUAUUCUAUUGUUAAAAUAUGUAUUUAUCUUUGUAUUUAUCAUAUUUAAAGGUUUCUGAAUAAAUAUCUCAACAUCAAAA